AUGGUUAAGUUGAGAAAACAAACAAAGACAUCAGGUACCAGCUCCACAUAUGGUAAGGGCAGAGGUGAAGUUCUCUACGUCGUUGACGGUGAUAUCUCCAUAUUGACCGCCAAACCAGGUGAUAACUUCCAAUCUUGCUUUACUUAUGAAAGGGACGGAUAUUCUUCAAUUCUCUCCCUAACUCUUGGAAAUGGAAAGACCCUCUGCUAUCUCAAAGAUGAAGAUAGAUGGAAAUAA